GGCGCACGCGUACUCGGCGGCGCACAGAGAGUCCAAGGUGGCCACAACACGAGGGCGAAAUCGCGGCGGAUGCACGGCUGUCAUCGCUUUUUCUGACAGAUGUUUUGCGUGAUUAAUCCGCUUUGUUAAUUCGCGGUCGCGCGUUCGCGAGCGUACGGGAGGUAGGCGAGGAGCACCCCUUCUCUCGCGGUUCCUCGUGUCGCGAACAGAGCCACGCGUCAUCACCCGACGUGGUGUUGUCAUCGGUGCCCGAAAAAUCGAGAUCCCGUCGGGAGAAAUCCAGACGGGAGCAGGACAGAGAAGGAGAGACGGAGAGAAAGAGAGUGAGCGAGCACCGGAGGAAGGAGAACGCGCUUCGUCAAAUGUCUCGCGGACGAAACGGUUAGAUAUCGUCAUUGGAGAUCAGGAAGAGGAGAGAGAAAGAGAGUGAAAAAGAGAAAGAAAGAGAGAGAGAGAGAAGACUCGGGCCAGCUGGUUUUGUGAGCAGCCCGUUCGGAGGCUCCCGUCACGAACGUCAGGAAGCAUCGUUCGCGAAGCGCUCGGAUUUCGUGGUGAGCGAUUAAUAUCGCUCGGGGAAGCUGCGACGAGCCCGUAUCAUCAUCGCGUCGCACGACAAUGGCAAAAACGUACGAUUAUUUAUUCAAGCUGCUGCUGAUCGGCGAUUCCGGCGUAGGCAAAACCUGCGUCCUGUUUCGCUUCUCCGAAGAUGCGUUCAACACCACCUUCAUCUCGACCAUCGGUAUUGACUUUAAGAUCCGUACCAUCGAACUGGACGGGAAGAAGAUUAAGUUACAGAUAUGGGAUACCGCUGGACAAGAAAGGUUUCGCACCAUCACCACGGCAUAUUAUCGCGGAGCGAUGGGAAUUAUGUUGGUGUACGAUGUUACAAAUGACAAAAGUUUUGAAAACAUUAAAAACUGGAUUCGUAAUAUAGAGGAGAAUGCGUCGGCGGAUGUGGAGAAAAUGUUGUUAGGUAAUAAGUGUGAGCUUACAGAGAAGAGGCAAGUAACGAAGGAAAGAGGUGAACAACUGGCUGUGGAAUAUGGUAUUAAAUUUAUGGAAACCUCAGCGAAAUCUAGUAUCAAUGUGGAAGAGGCUUUCUAUACUUUGGCACGCGAUAUCAAAGCGAAAAUGGAAAAAAAAUUGAAGGAAGCAUCGAAUCCACCGAAAGGCGGCGGUCACCAGUUGAAAGCCUCAGAACCACAGAGGAAGCCACCCAGUUGGCUCGCUCGUUGUACUAUACUCUGACCCUCCAAAUAUUUCCAACUGUUCAACGAGACACAUCUAUUUACUAUCAUUAUUUACUUAUGUUCAUUUCGUCGAACAAAACCGAUGUUUUGUGGAACCAUUCACAUCCCAAGUAUCGGGUAUAGUGGGUUUAUUCCUUGACAAUGAAACGUUAUCGCAUUAUAUUAUUACUCAGAAAUUAUUUGCAUGAAUGUAUCUUUUGCCGAAGAAACCCUCAGAGGAGAAAGUAUUAAAACUCUUUGUUUUAUUACGUAGGAAGGGAGUGUGCGUGUCGUUUUAGUUAAUGCAACUGCUACAGUUUGUUAUACAAAUAUUUUACUUGUUAAUCAAUAUAAUUAAAUGGUCUUAGGUGAGGUAGUUCCGAUGACAUGAUAAUCGAGUUGACAGAGAUUUAAUGAUGUGAUCUUAUAUGUCUCAUUAUGUUAUUUAAAAAAUUUACAAUGAUAUUUAUUAAAUCAGGCAAAAACAUUAAGUUAUGUGUGAUAUAUCAGACACACAAUGAACUUUCUUUUUUCUCUCUCCUCUGGCUUUCUUAAAUGAUCAACGGGUAAUGGUCAAUUUUCUUUAUCGAAAAAUCACUAUUAAGUAUAAAAGUACGUGUUACUUAAUUUUUAUAGCAAUGGGAUGAAGUAUACAUUUUCUUAUGCACGAAAUUUUGCAACUCAUGUUUCAGCGUGAUUUACAUCGUGUGUGUUUCUCUUAUUGGAGGACCAUAUGUCUGUAAAAGUACAUACAUAGAAACAUACAUCACACACCGUACAACAUCACAUACAAUGAUUAAAAUAAGAAAAAAAUUGAAUAAAUAAGAUUAAGCAGUAUAGGUAUCACACAAUCGUUUUUAUACUGUUAUUAAGCAGAUAUAGCUUUUUCACAAAAUUAACGGGACAACGUAAAGUGUACUAGAGCAUUAACUGAUGUAAUUAAAAUGCCUUGUGACGAAUUGAACAAGAACUUUAUAGAAAGAAUUUUGUUAUAUCUCAAAUAGUCGUAGAAUUUUUAUUAGAUCUAAAAAAAGUAAAGGAGGAACGAACAUAAAUACGCGAAGCUUACUUUCCCGGCGGAUUUAUUUUGCAUGUAGAGAGAUAUAUAGAUUCGUUUACAUUUACAUCCGCAUUAAAAGGAAAAAAUGAAAUAACAAAUCUUUUGUUCGCUGGUUGUCAUGAUGUGCAUCUUACGAGUUUGCAUUUUUACCAUUCGAACUUGUUCAACUUAUACUUAAAUAUAUGAAAACGAUUAUUAUAAUACAUUUUUUAUUAAUCCUG